GCAUCGUAAAGAUGGCAGCUCAAGUGACUGAAUCAGAUCAGAUCAAACAGUUUAAGGAAUUCCUGGGAACCUACAAUAAACUGACAGAGAACUGCUUCAUGGAUUGUGUGAAAGAUUUCACCACAAGAGAGGUCAAGCCAGAGGAGACCACGUGUUCUGAGAGCUGCUUGCAGAAGUACCUGAAGAUGACACAGAGGAUCUCCAUGCGCUUCCAGGAAUAUCACAUCCAGCAGAACGAAGCGUUGGCCGCCAAAGCCGGCUUGUUAGCACAACCACGAUAAACUGACUGCUGCUGGAUUGAACUCCAGACCAUUACGCCAGGCUCUCUGUAUUCCAGCAUAGAGCAGGGGCCUCCAGAUGGGCCCUCGGAGGCUGAGGACUGCAGAUAAUACUGGGAGAAGUCCUCUACUGUCUACCUGCAGAUAUCUGGACUGGGAUUUUUGGUUUCCCCCAAUGGAAAGACAUUCCUCAUAUUGGGGGCAUAAAGCAGGUCGGCCACAUAACAUGAAAGAUCUUGAUUGUUUUUAUGUUAGCAUGCUACAAAAAUAAAAUGUUAUGAAAAA